AUGGCCCAGAGGGCAGGUCUGAGGCCUGGGCUGCUGAAUGCUUGGGUCAUUCUGCUCCUGCUUGGAUUAUUCAGAUCCGGGAUGGGUGAGUCUAUACCAGGGGAGGGGAGAGUUGGGAGCUCCUCCUGCGGGAUAGCCCCCCAAGCACGCAUCACCGGCGGAAGUAAUGCAGCCCCUGGUCAGUGGCCCUGGCAAGUCAGCAUCACCUACAAUGGCAUCCACGUGUGUGGUGGCUCCCUGGUGUCUGAGCAGUGGGUACUAUCAGCUGCUCACUGCUUCCCCAGGGAGCACAGCAGGGUCGACUAUGAGGUAAGGCUGGGCGCUCACCAGCUAGACUCCUACAGUCCUGAUACUGAGGUCCGUACCCUGGCAUUCAUCACCACCCACAACAGCUACCUCCAGGAGGGCUCCCAGGGUGACAUCGCACUCCUCCGCCUCAAUAAGCCUGUCAACUUUUCCCGCUCUAUCCGGCCCAUCUGCCUCCCCGCUGCCAACACCUCCUUCCCCAAUGGCUUCCAUUGUUCAGUCACUGGAUGGGGCCAUGUGGCCCCCUCAGUCAGCCUGCAGGCCCCCAAGCCACUGCAACAACUCGAGGUGCCCCUGAUCAGUCGUGAGACCUGUAAUUGCCUGUACAACAUCAACGCCAAGCCCGAGGAGCCGCAUUUCAUUCAGCAGGACAUGCUGUGUGCCGGCUACGUGCAGGGGGGCAAGGAUGCCUGUCAGGGUGACUCUGGGGGCCCGCUCUCCUGUUCUGUGAAGGGCCUCUGGUACCUAGCCGGCAUUGUAAGCUGGGGUGAUGCCUGUGGGGCCCCCAAUAGGCCUGGUGUAUACACUCAGACCUCCAGCUACACCUCCUGGAUCCAGUACCAUGCGGCCGAUCUCCAGUCCCAUGUGGUACCGCAAACUGAAGAGUCCCAGCCUGAUGACAAACUCUGCAGAGACCAUGUGGACUUCAACUCUGCCCCAAGUCAGAGGUGCUCACUGGGGUCCAUUCUUCUGCUGCUGGGCCUGUCCCUGGGCCUCCUCUGCCCAUAG